CAAUUUCUGUCAGCUUCACACAUCCCUACAACAGUUCCCAAACACACAAAAAACCCACAAAUCAAACCAAAGCCACCCUCUUUACACAAAAUUAAAUCAUGUCACAACAAAUCAAGAAACACAAACACAAAUAUACAUUCACAUCAAACCUUCAAAUUCCAUGAAUGAAACAACAACAACAACCUCUUUUCCUCAACACAAAUUCCAACACCACCCCACCACCCCCUUUACCACCCCCACAACAAUGUCCACAACACAAUCAGAAAAACAAGCACUUUUCAUUACCUCACUUAUAAUUUUCUGGUACUCAUCAAACAUUGGUGUCCUCCUUUUAAACAAACUUUUACUUUCCAAUUAUGGUUUCUCUUUCCCAAUUUUCUUAACUAUGUGUCAUAUGUCAGCUUGUGCUGUUCUUAGUUAUGUCUCAAUUGUUUUCUUAAAGAUUGUACCUUUUCAAAGGAUUAAAUCAAGAUCUCAGUUUUUUAGAAUUGCUACACUUAGUAUUGUCUUUUGUGGGUCUGUAGUAGGUGGUAAUAUUUCUUUAAGAUAUUUACCUGUUUCUUUUAAUCAAGCUGUGGGUGCUACAACACCAUUUUUUACUGCAUUGUUUGCUUAUUUGAUAACACUGAAGAGGGAAGCUUGGAUUACUUAUGGUUGUCUUGUUCCUGUGGUUGCUGGUGUUGUUAUUGCAAGUGGGGUAUUAUGUGGAUUGAUGACAGGGGAGCCUAGCUUCCACCUUUAUGGAUUCAUCAAUUGUAUAGGUGCAACUGCUGCUAGAGCGUUUAAGUCCGUUCUUCAGGGCGUCCUUCUUUCCUCUGAAGGGGAAAAGUUGAACUCAAUGAAUCUGCUGCUUUACAUGUCACCAAUUGCCGUUCUAGUUUUAUUGCCAGCAACACUCGUAAUGGAGCCCAAUGUGAUAGAUGUUACUACGACACUUGCAACAGAACAUAGAUACCUUGGCCUACUUAUUUUGGUCAAUUCGGCGAUGGCAUAUGGAGCCAAUUUGCUGAACUUUUUGGUGACAAAGCAUACCAGUGCGUUGACACUCCAGGUCCUAGGAAAUGCAAAAGGCGCUGUGGCUGUUGUUAUAUCGAUACUUCUUUUCCGAAAUCCUGUAACUUUUAUUGGAAUUGCGGGCUAUACGAUGACUGUGAUGGGGGUUGUUGCUUAUGGAGAAGCCAAAAGAAGAUACAAAUGAGCUGACAUUCGGUCUUUGUUUCUUCUCCAAUGAAGCCCCAUAGUUUUUGUUUCUAGAAGUUUAGAGACAUCGUAGACUUAAAACAGAUUCCACUGCAAUGUUGUAGCGCGUAGACAGAUAGGAUAUAGAAAAGGGGUUGGUAGUCAGGGGAUUGUUCUCAUUCAUCAGCUGCAAUCUUUACAUCCAGAUGUUAGGAUGUAUGGAUUUGUAUCAGACUCUUGAUGUUAUUACACUAAAGUAAUCUAAUGUCUUAUUUGAUAUCUUUUUGCGGUUGUGCUA